GUAAAGGAGAAAAUGGCUGCUCCAUAGUAACGGUGAACGCCAACUGUUUUCUGGGAAGAAGUUACCCGAUUUGGAGCGUAAAAAUGCAAACAUGGCUGAUAAAAUCAACCAGACAUGAGAAAGGAUGAAAUUGAAAGAUAAUGUCAGUAAGAACUACGCAUUUAUUCCAAAGAUCAGUGAAGCAAGUAGAAAAAUUGCUAAUCGUCGUUUAAAAACUAUCGACGCAACUGUACCUCAUUUUAUGCGUGAUAUCAAAUGCAGAACCAUUGAACCUCUAGCACCAAUUCCUACAAAUUCAGAUAAACCUAUUGUCACCGAAGAUAAAGCAGAAGAUCCGAAAGAUCAGGAACCACUGGUCGAAGAGUCUGUGUCCUCUAAGCCACAAGAGACAAACGUAAACAAACCAUCUGUGUACAAUCUUCGUACAGGCAAAAUGACUGCAAAAUCAGAUGUUUUUCUAGAUGAUAAUAUCUUUACUUUUCGUCCGAAAGUCAGCACUGCUAGCCAAAAAAUCGUUCAAAAUUUAGGCACAGAUUUUAUGGCCAGACAGCAACAGCAUUUAGAUAGACAGAAGAGAAAUAUCGAACAAGCUUCCAUCCAUUUCUCCAGUUAUAAUGGAAGACUCUCUCCCGUUAGUAAACUACGAAAAUUCAAGAAAGUAAAGGAGGGAGCUGAAGAUGGGGAUAUAAAUAACUCGGCCGACGACCAGGUUGAUGGGGUCAAAGGUCAGGGCGAGGAUACGGAGAGCAGUGACGGUAAAGAUGUCAUCCGCAACAAGAACGUGUCCCCAAAUCUCCAGAGAAUAUUGGAAGGACCAUAUUCCAAUAGUAGCAGCGAAAUGGUGCUAAAGCGGCAUAAAACGCGCCUUGUCAACCACCAACUGAAAGGGAAAGUCCUCUCGGAGCUAGAUGACAACUACAAAGACACUUCCAGACGAAGGGAAGAAGGGGUCUCCCAUAGUGAAACCCCUGAUAAUUCAGAACCCCAGAAUGGAGACCUGGAUGGCGACGUGUCUGGAUCCCUGUCCCGGAGCAAGACCAUGCCAUCCCUGGGGAGACCCAAGAUAUCCCGGAAGUUGACCAAUGUAAACUGUAGCGUCAACACGGAUCGUCUGAAGGCAGCAAAGGAGCAGGCCGAGAAGGCCAUCAAGAACCGGAAAGUGUUCACCAUCCAGGGAGGGUACAACGCGGUCAGACAAAGUCUGAGGAGGAGAGGCUGGGUGGAAAAGUUCUACAAAAUCUCCACCCCUCAGAAGAAAACUCCCAGAAAGCGCCGUAAAACGGUGGAUGAGAGCGAUGAUGAUGAUGAUGACGACGAUGAUGAUGAUGAUGACGAUGGGGAUGAUGAUGAUGAUGGGGAUAGCGAUAAUGAUCAGCCGAAAAUUCCACCUUGGGAGGAAGAAGAUGGGAUUUACGGAAUAAUGUCGCGGAUUGUCCGGAAUGUGAACCCCACGUUCAUUUGGGUGUUAAAGAGGGACAUCGUUGACUAUAGGUUCUUAACCAGAGAUCAGAUGGUGAACCACUAUAUCAAAGCAGGCUCCUUUACCACCAAGGUGGGGCUCUGUAUAAACAUGAGGAAUGUCCCCUGGUUCGAUAACUCGGACCCGGAUUCUUUCUACCCUCGGUGUUACCGCCUCAGUCACGAAGAAGAAAAGAAUUCUUUUAUCGACGACUACAGGCAAACGAUGUGUGCAAACAUUUUAAAAAUAAUAUCUAGUCAAUAUAAAAACGAGAGUAUACCCGAAGAAGAUGAAAAUGAUGAAAAGAAAGAUGUCGGUUCCGAGAAAACGGAUACAGAGAAAAAGGAUAGUGAGAAAAAAGACUCAGAUUCUAGCAAAAAGGGCGAGGAUUUUACCUGUACUAAUCCCGAGUGCACGCGGUCAAAACCAGGUGUGUCAUCUGGCAAUUUAUGUGCGCAUGCCAAGGAAUGCUUAGAGAAAGAGAAGUCCGCGGCAAACGGUGAAAAUAAAGAAAACAAGCCCAAAGAUAAAACUCCCGAAAUUGUCAAACCCACCGAAAGUGCAAAACCGCCAUCAACUAGUCGAUCUCAAAAACAGAAGGGAACAAAAAAGAAGAAGAAGGUGUGCGUGCCGAUAACUUGCCUGGAGAGAGCGAUGCAGCAGUGUGAUAAAUUCAUUCAGGAGCGCUCACACGAUGACAUCGAUGUCCUGAAUGACCCACAUGAAUUGACACAACAACAGUGGGAUGAAACGCUAAAGUGGUACUACCAACUUGUUAAUGAGAAUGGUGAAAUACAGAAUGUGUCUGGUAGUAUGUUAGCUGAAGUAGAUCGACUCCUUUAUAAUCUUAAACUCCACAUGCCGCAGUUUGAAAUGGAUGGUUAUAAGAAUAUUUGGAUCGUUAAACCAGGGGCCAAAUCUCGGGGAAGAGGAAUUGUUUGUUAUGACAAACUUGAAGAUAUGUUGAAACUAGUCAACAGUCAGGUUGUUCGGAAAGACAACAAAUACGUGGUGCAAAAAUAUAUGGAACGUCCAUUACUGGUGUAUAACUGUAAGUUCGACAUCCGGCAGUGGUUCCUGGUCACCGACUGGAACCCCCUGACCAUCUGGUUCUAUCAGGACAGCUACCUCCGCUUCUGUUCCCAGGAGUACACACUGGAAGACUUUGACGAGUCCAUCCACCUAUCCAACAACGCCAUCCAGAAGUACUACAAGAACGGCCCUCGGCACCCACUCCUCCCCGAGCAGAACAUGUGGACACACGAACAGUUCAAGGAUUAUAUCAAGGGCCAGGGUCACGGGAAUGCGUGGGAUGACGUCAUAUAUCCCGGCAUGAAGAAAGCAAUAAUCUGUGCCUUGCUGUCUACACAAGAUGUCAUCGAAUACAGAAAGCCGUCUACGUUUAAGUCAUCCUUUGAGUUGUACGGGGCUGAUUUCAUGUUAACCGAGGACUACCGUCCGUGGUUGAUAGAGAUCAACUCCUCACCCAGCAUGGAGAGCAGUACUGAGAUCACACGCAGAAUGUGUACUGGUGUUUUAGAGGACUCAAUCAAAGUCGUCGUUGAUAGGAGAUAUGAUAGGAACUGUGAUAUAGGAAGGUUUGAGUUGGCCUACAAGCAGCCUUUGGUGACAGUUCCUCCAUACAUAGGAAUAAAUCUCUCUGUCGAGGGGCAAACAGUUAAAAAACCAUAUGGAUUUACUGUAAGAAAAAGCAUGGACAACGAUACUGCAUAUUUUAGCCCUCGCAAACCGCCACCAAAUACAGAAAGCAAAGACCUGAAGCCAGCACCGCCUACCACAAAGCGACCGCAAAGCGAAAACUUUGACACCACUCACAAGAACACGAACGCAUCCAAUAGCGCUCCAGCGAAGGGUAAGUCAGCGCCGGGCGAAAGUCAGGAUCAUCAGCACAAAUAUAACUCACAAAAGCGGACUAGUCACAAAUCACAAAAUGAUCAAAACCAAGUAACACCGUCUACUAGUCACUCUAGUUGUAACUCAGAAAGCAGUGGUAGAAGCAGCAAGGAAACGAAGGAGAACAUUAGCAGCAAGGAAAGCAAGGAGAAGGACAACACCAGCAGUCAAUCCUUUUCGCAGCCUCAGUCUUUCCCCAAGGCGGACAAAUCCGGUUCUUUGCCUAUCUCUAGUUGUAGUGCGUGGACGGGUAAGAGAAUGGUCUCCACUACCUCUGUAUCUACCAACUAUACGAUCCCCAACAUAGACAAGUUGGAUCGUCCCAUGCUAGCCGUCAAUAAUGUGGAGUCUACAGACCUCCAGACCAUUAAACCAGUGAACUCGGCACCACCUAUGAUGUCGUUGGCAGGUGCUAUUACAAAAGGUAUGAAUCCGCUAAUCGAUGGUGCUUGGGGGCGUACCUGUGCCGAGUGUGGCAGUGGAAUGAAUUUACACCUUGAUAACAACAAUCCUCAAUGCAAAUGUAAACAAGAUAGCCUUGUUAUUCAUCCAGGCUACACCAGCAGCGAAUCGUACCGCGCGGCGCGCGGAUUUCCCGCCAGACCAAAGAGCAGCUAUUCACCUCGUCCACCUAGUGCUUCCUCCUGCUCGCUUAAGUCUUCUGGAAGCCUUAAUACUCCACCUAGCAUAAAUGGCACACCGACAGCGCUUCGUGCUGAGAAGAUUCUUCUUCGCUAUACAGAUGGCGGGAUAAAGCGACCUUUAACCCCUGCCGGCUUGACUGCUUCUACUAAUUCGUUGCCGAGGCUCGUUCGGCGGUACAUAGGUCGGCGAUCUAUUCAGUGCCACGAGCUUCCGCUCGUGAAUGCGUCGUCUGCUGUGUUUAUUGACACGUCACAACUUCACAAUCCACUGUCUAUUACGUCACACGGAGUUGCCAACAGAUGAACUUUGAAAUGUGAAUGAAGAUUAAUCUAUAUUUUAUUUUUAGAGAUAUUCAUACCAGUCGCCGGUACGACUCCUUGCACUCACUUUUUUAUUUGUUUUUGUUUUAAUUUCACUUGUUUCCCCCUCUGUUCAGCUAUUAACUAUUCCUAUGUAAUAGACCACUGCAUUGAUUAACCUAACCAGAUUUUGUUAACAUUACACUUUUUAUUUGAUUAAUACUAACACUUAAAGAAAGGAAUAAUUAGGGAUUUGGUAUUUGCUAUUCAUUGUCGCCCUUUGUAAGCAGCUAGGCGUUAACAUUUUUGGAGGGCCAUAAACCUCCCAGAGAACAUUAAGAACAAAUUCUCUUUCUAAGUCAAGUACUAGGUAUGUUUGUUAAGAUAUAGGAUAAAUAAUAUCAUAUUUUGUCUCUUUUUUCAUUUGCAUUUCAGUCUUCUGAAUGUACGACUUUUCAGAAGGUCGUCUAUGUGAAUUUGCUUUGUUUUCUAAGCAAUAGUGAAAAAUGUUGAAUCCAUUUUUUUAUUGUGAACAUAUCUGUGAUAAAUUUUGAUGAAAGGUUUCUGUUCUGCCAUAUUUUGAACAUUUUUAUUGCAUAUUUGUUUGAUAUAUUUAUCUAUAAAUAUUUGUUUUAUUUGAAUAUGUAUAUAAUUGUUGAUUGUUAUAAAUUUUAUUUGUUAUUGCUUUUUAAAAAAAUUCUUUAAUUUCUUUUAUAUAUUAUGAUAUCAUUUAAGUCAAUAAAGAAAUGCAUUUAUUACUGGAACUGCACUUCUGGUAGAAGAAAAUGUCAUUAAUUAUAGGCGUGUUAUGAUGUUUUAAUUUGAAUGGAAACCUUGAAAAGGUUGUUUUCGAAACUGUAUCCCCACAUUAUGAUAGCAAAACGAAUCUUUAAAUGCAAAAAACAGUAUUUUAUAAGAUAAGGAAAUUAUAUUCAAAUUUUGCUCAUAAUAUGCUGUGAUAUUUCAUACGAAUAUUGUCAUGAAAAGGUUUUACUUAUAUCAAUGAAAUAAAUUGCUGACCAUGCA